UUAUGUAUAUUAUCAGAGAAGUAGCCUAGUGGUCGUGGGGCACAGAAAAAAUAGAUAGGGGCAGCUCUAAAGACCAGCUGUUAAGACAGACAACUGCAAACUCAUUUAAGCAAGAGAAAAACAGCUCUAAUUCGAGAUUGUGAAGCAACACUUCUAAAUUCAAAGACAUAGAGUUGUCAAAUCAGGAUUUUUUAAAAAAAUGAUAUCCUUUCGAAUGUAACUGAUUUUGGGAAAAUCACAUGUUCAGAAUUGAGGCUAAAUGGCUUGAUCAGGUUUUCUCUUUGAAGAGACCACAGCCUUAGGAAAUGGUUCUUGAUCUAUACAAUUCCACCUUGGACACUGGGUUAAUUCUGUUUGCCCCUGGAACACAAUCACGUAAGUUUCCUUCUAGACUGCAUCCUGAUGUGUCUUGAGUAUAAUCACAUGUUGCUACCUAGUAAAUAAAAUCUUAAGAAGAUCCGUGGCUUUCCUUCACCAGUUCAUAGCAUCGUGAUUCAUUGCCCGGAUUGGACUCGGCUCUACUCACUGGACAUCUAACCACUCCACUUAAUUAACAGUACCCACCCUACAGGGGUGUUGUAAGGAUUAAAAUUUAAAAUACUCGUGUUUUCUACAGUGCCUGGCUCAAAAGCUACUGCAAGCUCGUUACUGCUCAUCCUCCAGAGGCCCACAUCAAGUCAGCCACGACUCAAGGAGACUCCAAAGAUAAAAGCUGAAGCCAAAAUAUAUGAUUCUAAACACCCUCCUCAGCUACUGCAAAGCACUGUGAGCACUUUCUCAGGACGAGAGCCAAGAGCCCAGCACCUGUGGGUCACCACAGUUUCUGAGGUCCCAGAUGAAAAAGAUGCGCUCGCUACCACCGUGCGGCGGUCCUUUCUCUCGCAAUAGUCUGAAUGCUCCCGGGCCCUGCCUCCGGACGCCAGGACAGAGCUACCAAAAUCUCACCUCCUGCAAAGAAACCUAAUUGCUACGGGGGCCGGAAGAGGAAGAGGUGCGGCUCCGACAGCCAGAGGGGCGGGCAUACGCAGCCUCCCUCGGCUCAGCCUGCUACUGGGGAUGCAGAGCGUCCUGGUCGCCAUGAAAACAGGCCACACCCCGGCGAUCCCGGCCCGUGGUUUGCAAGUGCGCAGGCGCGCGCCCCCUUCCGCGCAUGAGCAGUGCUGCUCCCAACCCGCCAGUCGCGGUCUCCGGCGCCAGCUACGCCGCUGCCGCUGUCACUAUGGCCCAUUACAAAGCCGCCGACUCGAAGCGUGAGCAGUUCCGGAGGUACUUGGAGAAGUCGGGGGUGCUGGACACGCUGACCAAGGCAGCCGCAGUGGACAUGUUUGCCAAGGACCUUCAGAUCCCAAUUCCUCCCACCUUACGGUUUUUAUGGAGUCCUCAGAAUCUUGUUAAGAAAGUUUCCCUCCAACAAAGAGCAACUGGAAAAAUGACCGAAUUUCCAAGUGGGCUAUGAAGUAGCUGAGUGAGCCUAAUCCCCAAAGUAGGAGAUUCAUAGCGAAUUUGGCUGUGGCUUUUCAGCCCCCAUUCCUUAGUCUGUCUGUGUCAAUUCUUAUUUUGUGUAUAUUUCAUAAAGUAGAAUUACAGCUUAAAGAGCUCGAGGGCAUAUCAAGGUGGUUACAUUGUUUUCACUUUUUAAAAUGAAAGCUUACUGUUAACGCUGUAUCUCUUCAUUCGUGGCUUCAAGAUCUAAGCUAAGUAGAUGAGUAAAGUGUUGGAAACAGGAGGAUUUCAAGGGGUAGGGUACAGUUUACUUUAUUGGCUUAGCACUAAUUUGAAUGCCUGCUAUGUGUCACUCAGCUCACUGGGAUAUUCAAGGGUGUAGAAUGGAAUUGUUCGCAGGGAUGAGGACUUGGGUCAUAUGAAACUAGGAAGUUUGGGAAGUGGGAAAUAAAUUGGUAACUGCCCUUUGGACAGAAGCAAAGUUUAGAGGAAAAUUCUAGGAGCAUAACUCCUGGGUCUUAGAAGAAAGAAGGCUAGUAAUUUUGAAUUGCUACCUAUUUGGGGUUCAGAUAAUAGUUUACCUCUUUGCAAAUAAACUUCAGCAAGUAUUAAGGGACUACUCUGUGAAAGUACUGUGCUAUGUUGUCUCUGAAAGUGUCACAGAUGCUUUGAAUGUCAUUCCGUCUAAAAACUCCUUACGUUCAUUUCUUUCAUUUAAUAAUUUUACUCAGGUGUCUGUUCUGCACACUGGAGAUAAGCAGGGGAGGAUAAAAGUCUCGGCUCUCAUAAGCUUAUAUCCUAGUUGAGGGAGAGAAACACAUAAAUAAAUAUGUAGUGUCAGCUAGUGGUAAGUGUUACAGAUAAAAAUACAGCAAAGUUAGGGAUAAAGAGUAACAGGUGAGGCCAGGCACGUGGCUCAUGCCUGUAAUCUCAGCACUUUGGGAGGCUGAGGUGGGUGGACUGCUAGAGGCCAGGAGCUCAAGACCAGCCUGGGCAACAUGGCAAAACUCCCAUCUCUUAAAAAAAAAAAAAAUUGCUGGGCAUGGUGUGUGCCUGUAAUCUAGCUACUGUGGAGGCUGAGGUGAGACAAUCACCUGAGCCCAGGAGGUCAAGGCUGCAGUGAGUUGUGAUUGUGCCACUGGGCAACAGUGACACUCUGUCUCCAAAAAAAAAAAAAGUGACAGGUGGGAUGUGUGUGUCAUUUUAUAUAGGGUGAUGGGGGGAAGGCCUUUCUUAAGAAGUAACUUUUGACCAGAAACCUGAAAGAAACAGAGUUUCAGGAAGUAUAAGGAGGCCAGAGUGGUUGGAUGGAGCAAGUGAAAGACUGAAUGGUAAAAGGCAGAAAAAUGACAGUUGUAGGCGGUAACUGACUACACAGAUGUUGCCCAGGCUGGAGUGCAGCGGCAUGAUCUCGGCUCACUGCAACCUCCACCUCCGGGUUCAAGCGAUUGUGUUGCCUCAGCCUUCCAAGUAGCUGGGAUUACAGGCAUGUGCCACCAUGCUUAGCUAAUUUUUUGUAUUUUUAGUAGAGAGGCGGUUUCACCACAUGGGCCAGGCUGGUCUUGAACUCCUUACCUCAGGUGAUCCGCUCACCUCAGCCCCCCAGAGUGCUGGGAUUACAGGUGUGAGCCACCGGCCUCCACUAGAAUUUAACCUCUCAAUCUCCUUAGAUUUCCAGGCUCCUAAAUAACAUCAGCCAACACAGUAUUGAUGUGAUUUAUUAAAAAUUUGAUUUUCAGCUCCAAACAUAGGUGCUUUACACAAUUCUAUUUGUUUUUACUUUUUAUUUUUUUUGAGACAGAGUCUCACUCUGUCACCCAGGAAUGCCUGGCCUCAAGUGAUCCUUCUGCCUUAGCUUCCCCAAGUGUUGACGUUACAGGCGUGACCCACUGUGCCCAGCCUCACAAAUUUAAUUUACAUAUAUAUAUUUUUUCGAGACAAGGUCUCUGUCGCCCAGACUGGAGUGCAGUGGUGUAGUCAUGUCUCAGUGCAGUCUUAAUCUCCCAGGUUCAAGCAAUUCUCCCACCUCAGGCACCCAAGUAGCUGAGACUACAGGCACGCACCACCAUGUCCGGCUGAUUUUUAAUUUUUUUUUUUUUUUUUUGAGACGGAGUCUUGCACUGUCACCCAGGCUGGAGUGCAGUGGUGCGAUCUCUGCUCACUGCAAGCUCCGCCUCCCGGGUUCACACCAUUCUCCUGCCUCAGCCUCCCAAGUAGCUGGGACUACAGGUGCCUGCCACCAUGCCCGGCUAAUUUUUUUUGUAUUUUUAGUAGAGACGGGGUUUCACCAUGUUAGCCAGGAUGGUCUCAAUCUCUUGACCUCAUGAUCUGCCCGCCUCGGCCUACCAAAGUGCUGGGAUUAUAGGCGUGAGCCACCAUGCCUGGCCAAUUUUUUUUUUUUUUUUGUAGAGUUGGGGUGUUGCCCAGGUUGAUCUCAAACUCCUGGGCUCAAGCAAUCCUCCUGUCUUGGCCUCUCAAAGUGCUGGAAUUUCAGGAAUGAGCCACUUUGGCCUAAAUUUUUACAGCUUAUUUCCAAGAUGAUUUGAAAUAGUUUAUAACAUUAAAACACUAUGAAAGGAUGGCUAAAGAUGAUAAAUCAUUUGGAAGCUGAAGCAUUUUAGCUAUUUUGAGCGCUAUAUCAACCUCUAAAAAUCCUGGCUGCGAAGGCAAAAAGGGGAGCAUGAUUGGGUAUAGAGUUCUUGUCUGAUUACAAGGAAGUGCAUUUCAUCUAUAGAACAGCACAGGAAACUUUGUAUUUACAGUGUCUUCUGCAACUAUCAACCUUUCAAGUACCAGUGACAAAUUAGAAGCUGAAAGAAAUGGGGUGGGGGAAUAAGAGGAGGAGAGAGUAGAGUAUUAAUAUUCAUGUCUUAUAAAAUGAGGAUUUGGCCAGGUGUGGUGGCUCACACCUGUAAUCCCAGAACUUUGGGAGGCUGAGGCGGGUGGAUCACCUGAGGCCGGGAGUUCGAGACUAGCCUGACCAACACAGAGAAACCCUGUCUCUACUAAAAAUACAAAAUUAGCCGGGCAUGGUGGCACAUGCCUGUUAUCCCAGCUACUAGAGAGGCUGAGGCAGGAGAAUCGCUUGA